CCACCCGCUCCAAAGGAAGGAAUAUAAGCCUCCGUGGCGCAGGUCCAGUCGUACACGUAGGCGACGUAGCGGCCUUCGUUCACAGAAGCUGGUCAUCGCACGCGCGCGCGCGCGCGCAUGGGGGCCGAGGCGGUGGCCCACCCGGCCGUGCUCCUCGUGCCGUUCCCGGCGCAGGGCCACAUCACGCCCAUGCUGCAGCUGGCGGGCGUGCUCGCCGCGCACGGCGUCGCGCCCACCGUCGCCGUACCGGACUUCAUCCACCGGCGCAUCGCUGCAGCUGCCUCCGGCUGUGUUGGUGGCGGCGUCGCGCUGGCGUCCAUCCCCAGCGGCAUCGUCAUCCAGCAGGACGCCGCCGCUGGCGGCGACGACGACGACACCCCGGGGUUCCGCGACAUCGUGCAUUCCAUGGAGCACCACAUGCCCCUGCACCUGGAGCGCAUGCUGCUGGCGUCGGCGUCGCCACGCAGCAGGGCGCCGCCGCCGGUCGCCUGCGUCGUCGUCGACGUGCUGGCGUCGUGGGCCGUGCCCGUCGCCGCGCGCUGCGGCGUGCCCGCGGCCGGGUUCUGGCCCGCGAUGCUCGCCUGCUACCGCGUCGUCGCCGCCAUCCCGGAGCUCCUCGACAAGGGCCUGAUCUCGGAAUCUGGUACACCGAUCUCGUCGGCUGUUGAGUCGUCCGACUCCGACAGCGAUGAACAGGUCGUUCAGGACGUCGGCCAGACGACGAUUCGUGGCCUCGAGAUCCUGCCGGCGGAAGUGGACCUCCGUGUCGAGGAGCUCCCGUGGCUCGUCGGCGACUCGGCCACUCGGAGGUCCAGGUUCGCCUUCUGGCUCCAGACCUUGCACCGCGCCCGGGCCUUCCGCUGGGUGCUCGUCAACUCCUUCCCGGCCGAGGCCGAGGCCGGGUGUCCAGCCGCCGCUGCGAGCGACCACGACGACGACGCGCACCGCCUCGCGCGGCAGGGCCCGCGUGUCCUCCCCGUCGGCCCGGCGCUGCUACCGGGCGGCGGCAUCCUCGGCGAGCGCACGAAACAGCAGCCGCAGCCGCACUGCGGCAACGGCAACGUCAACGGGAACAAGAGCGGCCCCAGCAUGUGGCGCGCGGACGCGACGUGCAUCGGGUGGCUGGACGCGCAGCGCGCGGGGACGGUGGUGUACGUCUCGUUCGGGAGCUGGGUGGGGUCGAUCGGCGCGGACAAGGUCCGGGAGCUGGCGCUGGGGCUGGAGGCCACGGGCCGCCCGUUCCUGUGGGCGCUCAAGCGCGACGCGUCCUGGCGCGCGGGGCUCCCCGAGGGCUUCGCGGACCGCGUGGCGGGGCGGGGCAAGCUCGUGGACUGGGCGCCGCAGCAGGACGUGCUCCGCCACGCCGCCGUCGGGUGCUACCUCACCCACUGCGGCUGGAACUCCACGCUGGAGGCCGUCCAGCACGGGGUGCGCCUGCUCUGCUACCCGGUCUCCGGGGACCAGUUCAUCAACUGCGCCUACAUCACGGGGGUGUGGCGGAUCGGGCUCAGGCUCGGCGGCGGCGGCGGCGGCAUGACGCGCGACGACGUCGUGGAGGGCAUCGGGAGGGUCAUGGACGACGGCGGCGGCGAGGGCCGGCGCCUGCAGGAGAAUGUCUGGGCGCUGCGGGACCGCGUCGUGACGGCGGACGCCAGGCGCGCCGCCGACCGGAACGUCAGCUCGUUCGUGGACGAGAUCACGGCCGACCGGAACGUCAGCUCGUUCGUGGACGAGAUCACGAGUGAUCACCCGCUGUUGGUGCAACUAUACAGCGUGUUGUAGCUAGCGAUAUAGUAUGCGUGUACAUGUACAUUAUAUGUCUUCGUCCCUUUUCUUUUCUCUUCACGACGACUAAAAUGGUCGCGAUCCAUGCUAGCAAAUAAAACGAUCUACUACUAUGGUCGAAUUAAUGGCGCGCGGAACCUACCUCUAGACAAGGGAUUGUGAUUCA